AUGAAAAUGGCAAGUUCCCUGGCCUUCCUUCUGCUCAACUUUCAUGUCUCCCUCUUCUUGGUCCAGCUGCUCACUCCUUGCUCAGCUCAGUUUUCUGUGCUUGGACCCUCUGGGCCCAUCCUGGCCAUGGUGGGUGAAGACGCUGAUCUGCCCUGUCACCUGUUCCCGACCAUGAGUGCAGAGACCAUGGAGCUGAGGUGGGUGAGUUCCAGCCUAAGGCAGGUGGUGAACGUGUAUGCAGAUGGAAAGGAAGUGGAAGACAGGCAGAGUGCACCGUAUCGAGGGAGAACUUCGAUUCUACGGGAUGGCAUCACUGCAGGGAAGGCUGCUCUCCGAAUACACAACGUCACAGCCUCUGACAGUGGAAAGUACUUGUGUUAUUUCCAAGAUGGUGACUUCUAUGAAAAAGCCCUGGUGGAGCUGAAGGUUGCAGCACUGGGUUCUAAUCUUCAUGUCGAAGUGAAGGGUUAUGAGGAUGGAGGGAUCCAUCUGGAGUGCAGGUCUGCCGGCUGGUAUCCCCAACCCCAAAUACAGUGGAGUGACGCCAAGGGAGAGAACAUCCCGGCUGUGGAAGCACCUGUGGUUGCAGACAGAGUGGGCCUAUAUGCAGUAGCAGCAUCUGUGAUCAUGAGAGGCGGCUCCGGGGAGGGUGUAUCCUGCAUCAUCAGAAAUUCCCUCCUCAGCCUGGAAAAGACAGCCAGCAUUUCCAUCGCAGACCCCUUCUUCAGGAGCGCCCAGCCCUGGAUCACGGCCCUGGCAGGGACCCUGCCUAUCUUGCUGCUGCUUCUCGCUGGAGCCAGUUACUUCUUGUGGAGACAACAGAAGGAAAUAACUGCUCUGUCCAGUGAGAUAGAAAGCGAGCAAGAGAUGAAAGAAAUGGGAUAUGCUGCAGCAGAGCAAGAAAUAAGCCUAAGAGAGAGGAAAAAAGUCCAGUACUUGACUCGUGGAGAGGAAUGCUCUAAUGGAAAAAUGGCCCUCUUCAAGCCUGCAGAUGUGAUUCUGGAUCCAGACAUGGCAAAUGCCAUCCUCCUUGUUUCUGAGGACCAGAGGAGUGUACAGCAUGCUGAGGCGCCCCAUGACCUACCAGACAACCCGGAGAGAUUUGAAUGGCAUUACUGUGUGCUUGGCUGUGAAAGCUUCAUGUCAGAGAGACAUUACUGGGAGGUGGAAGUGGGGGACAGAAAAGAGUGGCAUAUUGGGGUGUGUAGUAAGAACGUGGAGAGGAAAAAAGUUUGGGUCAAAAUGACACCAGAGAAUGGAUACUGGACUAUGGGGCUGACUGAUGGGAGUAAGUUUCAGGCUCUCACUGAGUCCAAAACCAACCUGAAACUUCCUGAGCCCUCUAGGAAAGUGGGGAUCUUCCUGGACUGUGAGACUGGAGGCAUCUUCUUCUACAAUGCCACGGAUGGAUCUCAUAUCUACACAUUUCUGCACGCCUCUUUCUCUGAGCCUCUGUAUCCUGUAUUCAGAAUUUUGACCUUGGAGCCCACGGCCCUGAUCAUUUGCCCAAUACCAAAAGUAGAGAGGUCCCCCGAUCCCGACCUAGUGCCUGAUCAUUCCCUGGAGACAUCAGUGACCCCGGGCUUAGCUAAUGAAAGUGGGGAGCCUCAGGCUGAAGUAACAUCUCUGCUUCUCCCUGCCCAGCCUGGAGCUAAGGGUCUCACCCUCCACAACAACCAAUCAGAACCAUAAAGCUACAGGAACACACUGAAGCACUUUACUGAUAUUCAUUCGAUUAUUCCGUAGAACAGUUGUUUGAGUUUCGUGCCACCUUAUUGUCCCCUUUAUACAGAUAAGGAAACUGGGGUGUAGAAAAGUGUAUUGACUUUACAAGGCAGACAUGAAUAGUGAACAACAGAGCUGGGAUCUGAACAACAAUAACUAACAUUAAUGGAGAAAUUAAAAUGUUCUGAGUGCUGUGUUAUGAGCUUUGGUGGGUGUCACUCCUUUAAUCCUCACAACACCCUGUCAGGUAGUCUCAUUUGGCAAGUAUGGAAGCCGAGGCAGAGCAACAUUAAGUAGCUUACAUAACUCAUACAGUAAUUUGUGGAGUUGGGAGAUGUUCAGCUUCAGUCCCUGGCCAAUUGCCCAUUCUUUUCCAGCCUGAUUUUUCCCGCAUGGGAAGAACCCACACGUAGCCCUGAGGUUCCCUUCCCAGGACAGCUCCAGGAUGGAGAUGAUUGUGGGUGGUUGUGGAGUUAAGACCCCUGUGACUCCUUCCCAGCUGAUUAUCAGAGCCUUAGACCCAGCACUCCUUGGAUUGGCUCUGCAGAGUGUCUCGGUUGAGAGAAUAACGUCGCAGUUCCCACAGGGCAUGUAACUUUGAAAGAGACUAGAGGCCACACUCAGUUAAUAAUGGGGCACAGGUGUGUGCCCACCCAACAAAUGUGAUAAGUGAUCGUGCAGCUGGAGCAAGGCUUCCUACAGUCAAGAUUUCCAGGCAGAGCAAAUACCCUAAAGAUUCUCUGUGAUGUAGGUAAUUUGGAUGAAGGAAGCUAGAAGAAUUACAGGGAUGUUUUUAAUCCCGCUAUGGACUCAGUCUCCUGGAAAAGGAUCUGUCCACUCCUGGUCAUUGGUGGAUGUUAAACCCAUAUUCCUUUCAACUGCUGCCUGCUAGGGAAAACUGCUCCUCAUUAUUAUCUCUAUUAUUGCUCACCACUGUAUCCCCUCUACUGGGCAAGUGCUUGUCAAGUUCUAGUUGUUCAAUAAUUGUGUUAAUAAUGCUUA